AUGACUACCCAAGCCAAGAACAGCAGCAACGCCAUCGUUAAGCCUCUCCCUCCCACGCCUGUCACUGACGCCCCCGGCGAUGAGGCUGCCUGGCCAGCACCUGACAAAAACAACAACCCGACUGGCAUCUCGAUUUUCGGUGACCCUGCCGCCGGCAGAGGAGGCAACAUCACGGACACCGGUGGAAGUCACGACGUAGACAAACUUUUCGAAGGCACCAAUACUCCCUCCAGCCCAAAGGAGAGCCCUAUCAGCCUUAGCGAUAGAGACGACAACAGAGCUGACGACGCGGCCUCCCUAAGCAAUGAGAAUAACAGCUCUAACGACAACAGAGACAGCGACUCCGACGAGGAGGACAGUGACAAUAAGUCCAUCCAGAUGGUCGACACUCCUACCCCUGCCCACAACAAAGCUGGCAGAAGCAACCGCCGCGGCAAAGCUAGCAAUUACCAUCGUUCCCUCAAAGAUACCAUCUCUGCCCUCGACAGAGAGAUAGCUACCACCCCCGACAAUGAGCUUCACAAGGAGAUACUCGUUAUUUUUAACGAGUUCUUUAAGAAAAAAUCCAAACAAAAGAAUAGUAACACCUCAUUCGUCACAAAUAACGUCGUCCACAGUGUCAAAGAAGCCUGUCAGAGAGCCCGGGAUACUAAGAUGACUAGCAUAUCAGGUUGGUCAGCAAAGCUACCAUCUCACGCGCAGGUUCUGGCAGUACGCAUGUUGCACAAGAACAGAUAUCUCGUCAAGUCUAUCGGCAGAUACCUUACUAAACUGCAGAGGUCAAGCCUAGCGCAAGUCAAGGACACCAGAUUCACCGGCGGGGCCACCAGCGGCACGCCUACCAUCAAGACACUUCUCCAAUAA